AUGUCAAGUGACUCAAAAAUAGAAGAUAAACGAGGCAAACUCGGCAUAUUUUCAAAACCCACAGUACAAGACAACCAAAGCCAUGAUGAAGAAGAACAACAAGAUAACGUAAUAUUUGAGACGGGGAUAGAAAGAAUAAAGAGAAACAUGAAAGAACAACCUUUAGUUCCUGCCGGAAUGUUUCUUACCACUUUUGCUCUUGUCGCGGCCACCAUAGGAAUGCAUCGUGGAAAUGCGCGAAUGUUUCAGCAAAUGCUUCGUUUGCGUGUAGCCGCUCAAGGUUUUACUGUGGUAGCAGUAGCAUUUGGUGGCGUAGCGUAUCGUCAGCAACUUGCAAAGUCUAAUGAAAAGUUUGAGGCAGAAAAUUCGACCAAGAUACCUAAUUCAUAG